AUGCACGAAUACUUUCAACACCUGAGCCGAAUUGACAACGAUAUCGCUAUGCUGGUUUUAAAGGAAAACGUAGAUUUCAAUGAUGGUAAUGUUGAGAAGAUUGUUUUGCUGGACCCGGAUGUAGCUUUACGUCUUAACACCCCUUUACAUGUUUAUGGUUGGGGUGGAUCGGAGAAAGCAGUAAAGUACCAAAAUAUGCCGUUGUGUUCCGAAAUGGCGGUCAUCGACAAAAUGGAAUGUGCAGCUUAUUAUGGACGUUUGAUAACACCUUCCAAUUUUUGUGUCAGAUUUAAUCCUCACCGAAAACUAAGCGACAAUGGCGGCAGUGCUUCAUACAACAAGACAUUAGUGGGGAUACUGUCUGCAGGUGGAAUAACCAGUUCCUUGCCUAACUUCGCUGUACUUACCAACGUCUCCUACUUUAAUAAGUACGUAAGUUAA